ACUUGCAGGAAAGAGUUCAGUAAAAGUAGUAUUUUAAUAGAUCACAUGAAGAUCCACACUGGCGAAAGGCCGUACCUGUGCAACACCUGCGGAAAAUCGUUUAGAAAGUCAUCAACGUUCAAGAAGCAUAAAAUGAUCCACACGGGCGAGAAGCCCUACAUCUGCAAAACAUGUGGAAAAAGUUACAGGCAAAAUUGCCACCUGGUGGUUCACUUGAGGAUCCACACCGGCGAAAGGCCGUACCUGUGCAACACCUGCGGAAAAACCUUUAUUAAAUCAUCAAAUCUUAAAAGCCACAUAACCUCGCACACGGGCGAGAAGCCCUAUACCUGCAAAACAUGUGGAAAAAGUUACAGGCUACGUUCCACCCUGCUUACUCACUCGAGGAUCCACACGGGCGAGAAGCCGUACAUCUGCAAAACAUGUGGAAAAGGUUACACAGAACGUUCCAACCUGGUGAUUCACUCAAGGACCCACACCGGCGAAAAGCCGUUCGUGUGCAGCACCUGUAGCAAAACCUUUACUAAUUUAUCGGAUCUUAAACGCCACCUAACCACACACACGGACGAGAAGCCCUACAUCUGCAAAACAUGUGGAAAGAGUUACAAGCUACGUUCCCACCUGGUGGUUCACUCGAGGAUCCACACCGGCGAAAGGCCGUACCUGUGCAACACCUGCGGAAAAACCUUUACUGAAUCAUCAGCCCUUAAACGGCACAUAGCCACGCACACGAGAGAGAAGUGAUAUUUGUGCAAGACGUGCAAAGAUGCCCUCUGA